UUAAGGAAACGUGAAUUGGAACUGAAAUGUCGAAACGUAAAGCGUGCUACGUGGUAGAGGAAGACAAUUAUCUGGAUGAUCUGGUACGGGACAAGCAGAAUAAUCAACCAUCAACCAGUAAGCAUACUCUCGAUUCGGACGAGGAAGACGAUAGCGGCGAUGAUGCACCAUAUAAUGUAUUGGAUGAUGAAAAAAUCGUCGGCGAGGAAGACGGGAUUGCUCGCACAGAUGGCGAAAUGAAAUUCACACCGUUUAACAUGAAGGAAGAGAUGGAAGAAGGCCAUUUUGACGUCGACGGGCACUAUUUGUGGAAAAAAUCGGUCGACGUGAAGGAUCACUGGUUGGAUAACAUCGACUGGGUGAAACUUAAGAACGAUCCAAACUAUAAGGAAAAGCCCGACAAGGGUGAAGACCGUGGGUUAGCGGAUUCCGACUCGGACGAAGACGAUGAAACCCCCGCAGGUGGAGAUAGCAAAUUUGAUGAUAUAGCCACUUAUCGGCAAAUGCUGGAACUGAUGGAACCCAAAGAGACUGUCAAGCGGACUUUGCAAAGGUUGGGUAAAGGCACGGCAAAGCUAACGACGGCCCAGCGCUGGAAGAUGAAGAAAGCGGGCCAAUCACCGGAUGACGCCAGUGCCAAAAUAACAAAGUUAACCGCUCUUUCGAACGAUAUACUUACCAACACUGGCAACAUGGACGUGUACGAGGAAACGUUUGAGAUGAUAGAGAAGAAAGUGGCCGAUGCUGAUAAGAAAAAUGCCGUCGCCACUGCUGGGAACGGGGACGAGCUAGACAUGUAUGCGGACGAUUUCGGCAGUCGUGAACAAAGCAAACUCAACGUUCCUUUCGGUAGCGAAAAUGGACCCAAUUCGGCAAAGGGAUCAGAAGCCUCGCAUAAUGAUUCUUCCUCCGCUGCUGACACGGAAAGCACAAAAGCAAAGACACUUAUGUGGGAAUACAAAGAGCAGCAGGACGCGGAAAAGGUGCACGGGCCGUACACAACGGAACAGAUGCAAAAGUACGCCGAAGAAGGCCGCUUCACGAGUGGAGCUUUCGUGCGAAAAGUCGAAAGCGAUGACGCUCGGUUUUACUCGGCAGCGCGAAUUGACUUCGAUCUGUACCUUUAAGCGCACUAACGCAAAUUAACGCUAAGCUUAACGUUUUACAAUAAACAUUGU